AUGUUUUUGAAUCAGAUUUCUCUUAUCAAUGUUGUUAUGGAACUGCGUAAGCUCUGUUGUCAUCCUUUCAUGUUAGAAGGAGUUGAACCGGAUAUUGAUGAUGCAAAAGAAGCAUACAAACAGCUGCUGGAAACAUCGGGGAAGUUGCAAUUGCUGGACAAGAUGAUGGUGAAGCUUAAAGAGCAAGGACAUAGAGUCCUCAUAUAUUCUCAAUUUCAGCACAUGCUGGACUUGCUUGAAGAUUACUGUACUUACAAGAAUUGGCAGUAUGAAAGGAUUGAUGGCAAGGUUGGUGGAGCUGAAAGACAAGUUCGGAUAGAUCGUUUCAAUGCCAAAAAUUCUUCAAGAUUUUGCUUUCUUCUUUCUACCAGAGCUGGGGGACUGGGGAUUAACCUUGCAACUGCUGACACAGUUAUUAUAUAUGACAGUGAUUGGAAUCCUCACGCUGAUUUACAAGCUAUGGCUAGAGCUCAUCGACUUGGACAAACUAACAAGGUGUUAAUUUAUAGGCUUAUAACACGAGGAACUAUUGAAGAAAGGAUGAUGCAGAUGACUAAGAAGACAAUACUCAAUAGUAUUGUUCUUACGUGUUUGGUAUGUUUUUGA